AUGCAGUCCAUCAGCGUGACUGUGACUGUGACUGCAUGGGUUAAUGCACUGCGGCAGAAACGGGAUCUCUUCCGUGAAGAGACCCUUAGCACAGUGCUGUCUGAUUCAGCGCUACCACGAAGAGUUCUUCAUAAUUAUACAGCGAGAGAUGCAUCAACAGAAUAUUGUGGGUGUCUUAAUGGUGGCUGGUGCCAGGAAGAAGGACGCUGUGAUUGUGCUCAGUUCCAGGGUCUCGGGGAUCGCUGUCAAAUCAUUCCCAACCAUGGUCAGGACAGGGAUGGGAUUUGCCGUUCAUGGGGUCAGCAUCAUUUUGAGACCUUUGAUGGAAUGUAUUACUACUUCCCUGGAACCUGUUCGUAUAUCCUGGCCAAAGACUGCCAUUCCACAGAGCCCCAGUAUACAGUGUGGUUUCAUAACAGUCGUUCAUGUAGAGCUUCAGUGUAUUCAUGUCCACGUGGUCUGAGUCUGUUCUUCCCAAAUGAAGAGGAAAUCUAUAUUAGUGGUUAUCAGGUGCUAAAGGGAGGACAUAGACUGAGUCUGCCACAGACAGUGCGUAAUGUUUUCAUUGAGCGCUUGGCUGACUAUAUCCUGGUGAAGAGCACGUUUGGCUUCUCUCUGGCGUGGGACGGAAGCUCUGGAGUCUACCUCAAAAUGACCGAAGCACACAAAGGAAGGCCUUGUGGUCUGUGUGGAAACUAUAAUGAUGACGGAUCGGAUGAUCUCAGCAGCAGCCGCGGUAUAGUCUCUGAAGACAUUGCUGAUUUUGGGAACAGCUGGGCAGUAGAUUUGCCCCAAGAGAGACCCUGUCCUGAGGUUGAUGAUGAUUUCCCUGGACCUUGCUCAUCUGAGUCAGAUAUGGAUGAUGCCAUUGAGAAGUGCAGCGCAUUGCUUUUCUUUCCUUUCAUCUCCUGCCAUGAGAACAUUGACCCAAAUCCAUUUGUCGCCAGCUGUGUUUCGGACAUGUGUGUGUCAGAUGAUGAGGAGACAUUUUGUCGGACUCUUGUUGAGUACACCAGGGCCUGUUCUCAUGUGGGAUACCCCGUCAGAGAGUGGAGGGACAGUUUUCCUACAUGCGCGGACAGAUGUGAGGAUAGUUUUGUCCACAGAGACUGUAUCAGCUGCUGCCCACCUACAUGCAUGUUUGAGAAAGAGUGUUUGGGAACCAAUCUACACUGUCUGGAUGGAUGCUACUGCCCAGAUGGUUUGAUCUUACAGAAUGGCACCUGUAUAGCAGUGUCUCAGUGCCCCUGUGUGUACCAUGCGGAAUGCACAGUAAUGGGUGACGCACAUGUGACCACUUUUGAUGGGCGGAUUUUCAUGCACAUGGGCUCUUGCCAGUAUGUGCUAGUGAAGAGCCGCAGCAGCACCAAGUUUACUGUGACACUACUGUACACAGCCUGUGGAGAGUCUCAGGAGCACUCUUGCAUCCACUCAGUGGCUCUGGUGGUGGAUGAAGAUGUCAGCAGGCAGGUCACUCUCACCAGAGAGGGGGAAGUUGUUAUUGGGGCCAGUAUGGCUGUCAAUUUGCCUUACUCAGAUGACAUGGUGAACAUUCGCCGGCUGACAUCUUUGUUUGUGGGUCUGCGGUCUGUCUUUGGCCUGAGGUUUCAGUAUGAUUGGCAGGGUGGACGAAUCUACCUUCAGCUAGACAGCACCUGGAUGGGCUCCACACUCGGCCUAUGUGGGACCCUCAAUGGAAACCUACGGGAUGAUUUCCUUUCUCCUGCUGGAAUGAUUGAAGGAACCCCACAGCUGCACGUCAAUGCCUGGAAAGUGUCUUCAGCGUGCAUAAGCCCUGUUAACAUUCCUAUUAUCGACCCCUGUGAAAUGAAUCAACAAAAUGCGUUUUAUGCUGCCCGGUGUGAUGUGCUUUUGGAGGAAGUGUUUGCGGCGUGCCAUGCAUAUGUUAGUCCCAGCAUGUACCACCAGCAGUGCCGCUACCAGGCCUGUCGAUGUGGCAGCACCUGCCUCUGCACUGCUCUGUCCCACUACGCAUACAUCUGCAACAAGCAUAAUGUCACUGUCAACUUCAGAGCACACGUCUCUGAGUGCGGUAUGGUGUGUUUAGGAGGGAUGAUGUAUCACCCGUGCACAUCAGCAUGUGGGAAGACGUGUCAGUCAAUCAGCAGUGGUGAAGUGUGUGAUGGCGACUGUGCUGAAGGAUGCAGCUGCACCGAGGGAACAUUCUACGAUCACGCUCGCCAGCGCUGUGUGUCACUCUCCCAGUGUCACUGUUAUUUCAUGGGUUCAGUCUUUCAGCCUGGUGAAGUGUCCUUCAGCUCAUCUGGACCAUGUCUCUGCACAAAUGGUCGUAUGGAGUGUGUGCCUGAAGAGAGAGAGCCUGAGAGAGGAGAUUGUUCCAGUGGAAAAGUCUACUAUAGCUGCAGGGGUCAGAGUGGACGUGGACCUUCAGGUGUGGGCGUGGCCUGUGAACUGACCUGUCGAAACCUGAUGCUGAACCUGACCUGCCCUCCCAUGACCCCAUGUGUACCAGGAUGUGGAUGUCCUGCUGGGCUAGUGGCUCAUAAUGGAGAAUGCUAUCUCCCGGAGAACUGCCCUUGUGCAUGGCUCGGUCUAGAGUAUCUCCCUGGAGAGACAGUGGACACUCCAUGCUACCGCUGUGUGUGUCAUCGUGGGUUCUUUAACUGCACAUAUUCGCCAUGUCCAGCGGUGUGCACCAUUUACAGUGACCGACAUUACCACACAUUUGAUGGCCUGGAGUAUGAUUAUGUCAGCGACUGCCAGGUCUACCUGGUCAAGAGUGUUGGUGAGACUGAGGUGUCCAUCAUGGCUCAAAAUAAAGAUUGCUACGAAAGUGGCAUUGUCUGCAUGAAGUACCUGCUCAUCUAUGUUGGACUUACUAAAAUCUACUUCAGUGACAACUCUGGUAAACCUAGCUCUUCUACUGUUGUGGGAAGAGGAUAUGAGUUUCAGUUAUGGGGUGCGGGAUACUACACUGUGGUCCACUUUCCUGCUCAAGAUCUGACCAUUUUAUGGGACCGCAAGACCACUGUCCAUAUUCGUGCUGGACCCCAGUGGAAGGGUCAGAUGAGUGGUUUGUGUGGAAACUUUGACAUGGUAACAGUUAAUGACAUGACCACGGCUGGACAUAUGGAGGUCAGUAACGCACAGGCCUUUGGAGACAGCUGGGCUGUUGGACAGUGUGAGAGCGACUUUGUAGUUCACAGACCAUGUGAAGGAGAUCUCAGUCGGCAGCCGUAUGCUAAGCGGGAGUGUGGCCUUCUCUACAGUGACGUAUUUGCUCCAUGUCACAAUGUGGUGGAUGUGACCUGGUUUUAUAAGAACUGUCUGACAGACACCUGCAACUGCAACCGUGGGGGUGACUGUGAAUGUCUGUGCACCAGUAUUGCAGCAUAUGCACACAAAUGCUGUCAAAAUGGUGUCACAGUGAACUGGAGAUCCCCCACUGUGUGUCCAUAUGACUGUGAAUAUUACAACCAAGAGUUGGGAGAGGGUCCGUUCACUCUGUCCAGCGCAGAGCAGAAUGACUCUGCAUGUGUGUUUGGGGCAAAUGUGAGCAGUGGUGAAGUGUUUCCCCUCCUGAGGACCAAUGCUCAACCCAGCACCAUUUUCCACUUCAUGAUCACAACUGGACUAUAUAAGGACCGAGCCUCCAGACUUCCUGUUGCUUCACUGGAGUCUGCAGAGAGGCCCAACUACUUUCUGUGUGUUACUGGGAACCGUGGGUUACGAUUGGAACACUGGCAGCCUGGGGAAGAGUUCAGACGGAAGGCGACCUUCAUCCACCACCAGGGUCUGUGGUUACCUGGGCGAUCUUCCUUUGAGUUGCACAGUCAGAAGGGUGUCUUCCUCACUCUUUCUCAUACACAUGCACGUGUUCAGAACUACGACCACUCAUUCACCUUCAAAAUCAGCAGCAGUUUUAUCAUUGAGGAGAGCAGUUUUGUGAUCCCCUACCGCUUGAUGUGCGAGUGGAAGUAUCAUGCAUGUGCCAGUCCAUGUGUGAAAACAUGCAACGACCCCGAUGCCACACGCUGCCAGUUUUUACCUCCGUGUGAUACUGUCUCCAACUCCGACUCCUUACAUGUUCGUGACCCGAUCAAACAGAACCACGUCGACUCCAACCUCUGCUCCCACAACCACAACUACAACCACAACAGCUUCCUCCACUACAAUGGCAACACCAAGCACCUCUCCGAGCACAACUGCCAGUACUACAAUCAUAACUACACCUUUGGAAACAGAUUAUUUAAUUGGCAGCCCAACUACACCCACAUUACCACCAACCACAAACCCCCUCUAGUCAGCACUGCCCCACCCACCACCACAGCCAUGCCCACUACAGAGCCCAUAACAACAGUUUUAACCACUUUAUUAUCUACCUCGACCACAGAGAUGCCAACCACACCCGAGACCACCACCGAACCAGAGACAACGUCUCCAACAACCACCGUCCUGCCUGUUACAACCACCACUGUCAUUACAACCAAGACCACAACGUCAGAACCGACUUCAACAACCUUCACCACUGAGACAACAUCUGUCUCCACAACAACCGAGGAGCCCUCAACUACCACAGCAGCCGUACCAACAACCUCUGAGAUAUUGCCUUCACCCUCCCCUUCACCGGAGACAACAGGAAUAACAACAGUGCUUCCUCCGUUCCUUCUACCCACAGGACCUUGCACGCCUCCUUAUUCAUUACGUGUGGAUGAGUGCAGUGAGUACAUCUGCUUUAAUAGACAGCUGAUGCUGCAUAAUUCCUCUCAGCACUGCAGAUACAACAUCAGCCAGCCACAGUGCGACCUGCUGGGCACACCGAUCCAGACCAACACAGACCCCUGCUGCCCACUGUGGCAGUGCCCAUGUCGCUGCUCUAUAAUCUCUGACCUGCGUGUGAUCACGUUUGAUGGGAAUAAUGUGGCUCUGUAUGAUAUCGGUUCUUAUAUUCUGGUCCACCUGCCCAGAGAGAAAAUAGUCGGUCACAUUGAGAAAUGUCCAACCAGUGAGAGUGUGAACUACAUCAGGAGACCUACUCCCUCUGGUGGAACCUCUGGUCUGUGUUUUAAGAAGCUGAACAUUACAACUCAAUCGUACAGAAUUAUGGUCAACCGCUUGGACCGGAAGGUUUCGGUGAAUCAGAUUACGGCACGGCUUCCUCUUACAAGGCAGAACCUCCAUAUUGAUGACACCGGGACCAUGUACAUCAUUAAUACACCUGGUUGGAUCAACAUAAAGUGGUACCACAGCACUGGCAUCAUGGUCCUACAGUACACGGCUCCUGAUAACACCUCCACUAGGGGGCUCUGUGGAUGUUGUGAUGGUAAUCCAGCUGAUGACCUGCGGCUGCCCAAUGGUACAGUGGUCCGGGAUAUUGAGGACAUCCCAGUAUUUCUGCACGGAUGGAUGGUGGAUACGUCAGAGGAUACAGAUUACUUCCGCAGAGUGGGAGACAACUGCACCACCGGCAACUGCUCCAAAUGUUUCACCAUGCUCAACCAGAGACCUUUCUCUAAAUGUCACCACAAGGUUUCUCCAGAACACUUCUGUGAUAAGAUAUGGGCUGGUGACCUACAUUAUAAAGAGCAUGAGUGUGACUUCCUGGCUGCUUAUGUGGCCAUUUGUUACACGCAUCAGAUCUGUUUCAGCUGGAGGAAAAGCAACUUCUGCCCACUCAAAUGUCCUCCUGGUAAAGAAUAUAAACCCUGUGUGAAUACAUGUAAGACUCGGACAUGUCAAAACCGAGAUUACUAUGAGGAAAGCAUCUGUUCUUCUAUCAGAGAGGAGUGCGUUUGUAAAAGCGGUACCAUCCUGCACCGAGCAGACUCUGCCUUCUGUGUCACCGAGGACCAGUGCGUGUGUACGGGUAACGAUGGUGCUCCACACGCCCCGGGUGAGGUGUGGAACGGCUCUCUGCGUGGCUGCUGUCUUUUCAAGUGUCUGGAGAACGGUAGUGUGGUUCCUGUAGAACCCGACUGCAGUUAUGAACCUGCUCCACUGUGUGAGAGGGAGGGAGAGUAUGCAGUCGAUGUGCUGGAGGAAGGAGUCUGCUGUCCUAAGAAGAUUUGUGAAUGUAACCUCACCAUCUGUCAGAGUGAAGUGCCCAGCUGUGAGAAUGGAGACAAGCUGGUGAUUGGUUACAGCACUCUGUCCUGCUGUCCUGAAUACAGAUGUGAAUGUGAUCCGCUGGCAUGUCAGAGUGUUCCUGCCCCGAUCUGCAGAGAAGAUCAAUUGUGCGAGUCCUGUAUUGACCCUGUACCAGUGUGUCUGCCUGGAGAGAUACUGGCUGUGGAUGUGAACACCACUAAUCACUGCUGUCCACAGUAUCAUUGUGUGUGUGAUACGAGUCUGUGUCCUGAGCCCAGUGUGAGUUGUGCUCCUGGAGCUGUGCUGGUGAAGAGACCUGUGCUGGACAGCUGCUGCCCAGAGACACACUGCGAAUGUCAGUGUCACAACGUUACACUUCCUGUCUGCACUGUGGGUGAAAUGAGAGUGGAGGAACCAGACCCCGGCGGCCCGUGUGGAUGCCCACUGUAUCACUGCAAGAAGGCAGAAGUGUGUCUGUUUCAGGGCGUAACGAUAUUGAACCCGGGCCAGUCUAUGAUGCAAUAUUUUGAGGGGGAACUGUGUUACACCGUUCAGUGCCUCACACAUAAAGACCCCAGCACCGGGUUCUACGCCAUGGAGGUCACCACUGCCAACUGCUCUGAGAAGUGUGAGCCUCAUCAGGUUUAUGUCCCAUCAUCUGAUCCACAUGUGUGCUGUGGCUCCUGCAAAAACAUCUCAUGCUCAUAUCCCAGUGAAAACGGGACUACAGAAGUAUUUAUGGCAGGAAGUUCAUGGGUGGCUAACUGCACACGCUUUGACUGUAUGGAGACUGCGGUAGGCGCAGUAGUUCUGGCCUCUGGAGUGGUCUGUCCUCCUUUCAAUGACACAGAAUGUAUUCAGAAUGGAGGCAUAGUUCAAACGUAUGUGGACGGUUGCUGUAAGACAUGCAAAGAAGAUGGUAAAACCUGUAAGAGAGUCGCCAUCAGGACCACCAUCAGAAAAGAUGACUGUAGAAGUAACACACCUGUGACUGUGUACUCAUGUGAUGGAAAAUGUCCAUCUGCCACCAUCUUCAACUUUAACAUUAACAGUCAUGCACGUUUCUGCAAGUGCUGCCGUGAGAACGGCCUCCAAAACCGCAUCAUUCAGCUGUACUGCACUCGAAAUGCCACUACAGUGGACUAUUACUUCCAGGAGCCGAUGGACUGCUCAUGCCAGUGGAACUGAUUCCAUCCGGACUGUGUGCAGUAAAGUUAAGAUCUCAGUGAGAGCAAUAGCUUAACGCAGAAUCCGACUGCAUAUACAGUACAGUAUCUGUAAAACCGCAAACUACUAACACAAUCACUGUAUUUGUUGUGUCUUUGAUAUCUAUAAUUUAUCUGUAAGUACAGUAGGUUAAUCAAACAUUUAUUCAAACAAGAACAACAAACUGCUGUUUAAUUGGUGUAUUGUUUAGAUUUUAGUAUUAACAUUUGUUAAAUGAUGAAAUGAC